CCCCACCAAACCGACCUCAGCUGAAUGUCCAAUUCACCCCAAGACCCUAAUUAUCCGGCAAUCGACUCUUCACCGCUCCAGUUUCACCUCCCACCCCCCGAAAACUUGAAUCAUGCUUUUUUCAUUCUGGGUUAACAUUUUGGGGUUAACCGGGCCCAUCCAUCUCAUCUUGUUCACCAGAUCGAUGCGAUCGGUCCACUUGUAUGGCCGGAACUUUUCCCCAUACCCACCUAAGCGGGCCGUGGGCCUUGACGAGUGGUCAUAGAUAGGUUGUUACUUCUGCACGCUGUGCACAUAUCCAUUUUGGCCACGCAGGUCCGUGUCAUCGAGAUUAAAGAUCGGGCCAUAGCUACAAAUGUAGAGUAGAAAUAGCACGCUCCCGCCAUAGUUGAACAAGCACCUCAACUCUUUCUUCUGACUUCAAUACUUCAUACCAAUAUCAAAACAACCGCCAAUAUGCACCUCAAACCAACUAUUAUACUCACCCUCUUCGCCGCCACCACAACAGCCCAACUCCUCGGCGGCCUCCUCCCUCUCUCUCCCGCACCAGCUCCAUCCCCAUCCUCCACCCCCUUCCUCACGCCCUCAUCCUCCGCCUCCUCGUCUGCCUUGAACCCAGAUGACUACGACUGCAUCUACCAAAACCGCGGCUGCGACUGGACUAAAUCCAAAUACGGUUACGGCAACGACUAUUGCGGCGUAUCGCCGUUCAAGCCCGGGCAGACGCUCAGUGACGGGAAUGUGAUUAUGGCUGUUGCGUCGAAUGGGACGAGUGAGGCUUGUACGAAGUCUGCGAGCCAUGCUUGUUGUAAGGCGUUGGAUGAGAGUCCUUGUACGAGGGGGGAGAAGUAUUUGGAGUGUUAUGAGAACUAAGGAUUAGAGAUUGUGAUAUCGAGAUUCAUCGUCCGUCUGAUACAUGUGCAAAUUCUUGAUGGAAGAUGGAGAUAUGUGAAGGCACUGGAGUUUUAUAUACUUGAGGAUGUCGACUUUCUCAAUCAUAUGUACA